AUGGAGUACCCAUUGGGCGGGCAUGUCCAAGCCAUGUGUGGUUUAAUAAGAAUCGAUGGACUUACGUUGCAUUUUAUGGGCAUGGAACCAACUUAUAUUCCAGUUCUCACACAAAAAAGUGUCACAGUAGCAGCAACAACAACUGCAUUUGUAUUUGAAGGAUAUGGGAUUAGUUUGAAUGUAGAAUUUCUUUCUCCACUUCUACCUAAAGAUCUUGAUCUUCUAACUCGACCUGUUAUCUAUGUGACAUUCACACUUCAUGCUACAGAUGGAAACGAACAUUCUAUAGAAAUUUACUUCGACAAUACAGCAGAGUUGGUAGUCAAUGAAACUAAUCCAAAAGUCAUUGCAGCACAACAACAUAUCAAAGACAUGGAAAUACUCUCAUUUCAGUCUGAUGAACAGGCAAUACUCGUGAGAAAAGGUGAUGAUGUUCGAAUCGAUUGGGGAAUUCAAUACUUAGCGAUAUCUGGUGCAACACAAAUGUCAAACCUUGAAAGGUGCGACUAG